UUUUUACAACACGCUCGAUUUUUUUUCAAAGUCAGAUGACACAGAAGUCCCUAGUCGUGCCAACUCGCGUGUGAUUCCGCUACGGGUCACGUAGGUGUGCUUUGUUCUCGAGAAGCCUCGACCGAGCCAGUUCUCGUACACAGGUUUUAUGUGAGAAUCUGGUGUUCUAAAAGAGAGAUAGAUAGAUAGAUAGAUAGAUAGAUAGAGAGAGAGAGAGAGAGAGAGAGAGAGAAAGAGAAAGAGAGAAAGAAAAAGAGGAUGAAUAGUUCGAUCGACCUCGAUUGGCUCGUUUCUCUUUGAUCUGGGACGUUCUAAUAUCUCCUUUGAGAUUAGUUGGACGAAUUAGAAGUCCGAGAAAUUAUUUUCUUUUGAAAAAGAGAAAGAGAGAGAGAGAGAGAGACGUCGAUUUUUGUAUGGGUGUGCACGAGACCAACAAGGGUCGUACCAAUGUCUCCAAGAAGAUGUCGAGGGAUCGUUCAGGCUCGGAUUAUUCGGAAAAUAUGAGCGAUGUAACAACGUGUAGCUGCAUGGCGAGCUCUGUCGAGAAAUGUUCCCUACGUGGUUGUGGCAUGUUCCAAGAGCCAUUUUUUUUACAUCCACCCGGAUCGAGACCACGAGAUGGAAUUUAUAUAAAUCCAAUGAGUGCGUAUAUAAACGAACCGCAAAAAUCAAAGGACAUGGAAUCCUUUUAUUUGCAUAGUCCCCACGAUCUCGUAUAUACCAGGAUUACACAUCUAUUCAAUGACGUCGAGAAACCACGAAACGGUGUAUUGGCAUCCACCGAACAACGUCACGUUGAGAGGAAAGACGAGACUCUAACUGUGAAAGUGGACGUACACAUAAACAACGGUAGCUUCGGUAAAACUCAUACAGGGAACGGUCAUACUGGCAGGUCAGAAAUCAUGCGAGAAGCACCAUCAGAACAUGCUUACGAACAAAUUUGUUUGAGGCAAGAAGAAACUAGCAGUGUUGGAUCGUCUUCUAAUAAGAAAGUUAUCGAUAAUGCUUCGGACAGUAGCCGAUCCAGAAAAACCAAUCGACGAUACAGCAGAUCGAGUAGUGCUAGUGAAUCUUCGAAUAUGAGCAGCGAGAUACAUUGUUUUUCAUCAACGACGUCGACUCCAUCGUUGUCGCGUAACAGUAGCAACGAACGAAUCAACAAAACCACGAAGAUCAACGCGGAAGUAUUACAUGAAAGGAAAGAGUCCUCAACGACACAAGUGGAAAGUGAAAAGGAGAUAAGGCCAAGUAAUGGUAGUGGACCUGGUUUCGUCAAGCCCCCACCACCACCACCUCCACCACCACCUGACAGAGACGAUGUCGUAGUAUUAGUUGUGAAUUCAAAGCAAAAUGGUGAAAGCAAUAACGAGAAGAAAGAUUCUGGUGACAAUAGUCAAGAGAACAAAAAUGGAAACGCGACCAACAAGAGCGACGUAUCCUGCGGCGAGCAUCAACAGCCGGAAGUUCCUCCUGCCAGUCCACCCGCGGACGUCGAGGAAAUUAAGACGAGUCAGUCGUCUCACUUGAUAAACAGACAUAUGGUGCUACCGUUCAUACCACCAAAGUUUGCCAACGCGGCUGAUUCGGAUACCCUUUUGAAACCAUCGGAAUAUCUUAAAAGUAUCUGUAAGAACGUCACCAAGAAUACUCUUUCUAAAGCAAGAUCUGUGGACAAUUUGGAUUGUCAGGGAAGGGAUACCGAAGAGGAAGAAGAAGAAGAAGAAGAACGAAAGAACGAGAAACAAAAGGAAUCUCCCCCGGGACCACCACCACCUCCGUUAUCACCGUUACAAAAAUCUCGUGGUAUUCUAAACGCUAAUAGUACUAACGCAACAACUAGUCCUUUGAACGAAUCCGAAAGUCCAAAGUCACCUCAGCAACCAUUAGCAACCAUUAGUAUCCAAGAUCUCACAAGUAUUCAAUUGAGAAGAACUAAUACAAAAAUGAAUGCAACUAAAACGUUCUCCGCUCCGCCACCUCGCAGCGCCUCGAUGACCAAUGUGUCGGAGCCAUUCUUCGUCCAAAAAACAGACCUGAUAGCCGAAUUAAAAAGAACGAAGGAUAUACCAGGUAUCAAGAAACUGAAAGUAGAACGAGCACAGGUUGAAAAGACUCAAGAACAAAACUUAAUAUCGGAAAUAAGCAAGGCUUUCAGCGUGUCGAAUUUUGUUGACCAAAUUCCGGAAAAAGAUAGUUCGGGAAACGUUAUACCUAUAUGGAAGAGACAGAUGUUGGCAAGAAAGGCCGCGGAAAGAGCUAAAAAGGAAUUAGAAGAGCAAAUAGCUAGGGAGAACGAAGAAAGGAGACAGAAAGCGAUACCGCCUUGGAAGAGACAGUUGCUAGCGAAAAAAGACAACGAGGAUAAGAAGAGUAACAACAAUCAUGUUCAGCCGAAUGUGACGACCGUUUCAACCGUAAAAAUAGAUAUUACGACGUCGUCGAAGAGAGACACUUCACCAGCAUCUGGUUGUAACAAUCGAAAGGAGGAACGAAACGAGAACAAUGCGGAUGAGAAAGGAAACGACAUGAGGGAUGACGAUUCCGAUGAUGGACAGAUAAUACCGUGGCGAGCUCAAUUGAGAAAAACGAACAGUAAACUGAAUAUUCUCGAUUAGUUAUUUAGAAUAUUCCCAAUUUGUUAGAACAAGAAAGAACAGAAACAAAAAUAGACGUGACAGCGUCGACUUGAUUCUUUUUAUUAUUACAAAUUGCUUUGUGAUUUCUUUUUCUUUUUUUUUUUUUUUCUUUGUUUAGAAUUAAUAUAAUUUGUGCUCGGUCAAUAACAUAGGGUAAUCUUACCGAUGUCCUUUUUUUUAUCAGGGGUGCUCUCAAAUCUUUCAAGAUCAACAAAGAGUGAUAAUCUUUAAUGAUAUUGUUGGUAAAAUAAGAUCAAAUGUAAAACUUCGUUGUGAAGCAUGGUUAUUAUAAAAAAAAAAAACAUGUUUCAUUGUUGAAACGUAUUCUCAAAAUAUGCUGGGUGAAUGAUCGAAUGAUAGUGUGUUUUGUUAAAUUGAAUAAUUAAAUAGGAAGGUAAUUCUAUAUUUGUAUAGGGAACUCUACUUCAACAAGGUGCACGAUAUGUAUGUAUAUAAGAAUAAAUCAAUUUUGUUUACCUUGUGUAUGUAUGAGUGCGUGUGGGUGAGUGGAGUGGCUGUGUACGUAUGUGUAUAUAUAUAUAUAUAUACACAUAUACAGAGUGGAGCAUUAGUUUCGAUCAUCUUAAAUAUCUCAGAGAUUUUUUUUCAGAGAUAUGGAGAAACGUUGUUUCUGUGAAAAACCGUAAGGAUAUAUAAAGUUUAGUGUUUUUUCAAAUGGAAUCAUAUGUUUCUUAUUGCAUCGGUCGAUGUAACUUGACAUUCUCUAUAAAAAAGUAUCAACCUUCGUAUGUCGAAAAAUUAUUAGUUUAGGAGAUACUUCCCAGUUACGUUCUUAAUACGGAAGAAAAAUCUUUCGAGUUUUUAUCUCUCAACUUCGUAUAUUGGCGACUGUUAAUAUCUUAUUUUAAAUAAACAAAAUAAAAUUUACAUAAAUAUAAUAAAAAUUUA